GGCUGAUGGGAGCUUUGAGGACCUGUUAGAAAGCACGUGGUCCUGCUCUGAUCUCACAGCUCGUCCUUGUUUGGCCUCAGCUGCAUCAGAGCACCACUUCUCCCCAGGUUCACCAGAGGAAACACCACUGCACACAAUGCUUUUCCUCCCAGCUGCUGCUCUGUGCUGGCUGUGUUCAGGUUUCAAUCAUCCUCAGGAAGAUGAUUUCUCAGCUGUGAAUAUUCAGAACGGCUGUGAGUUGUGGAUAGCGAAAGUUAAACCGGAUCAUUCAGCCACCUACUACUGUGCCUGUGGGAAAUCGGGUGGAGGAAGGUGGUAUUUCAUCUUUGGUUCUGGGACUAAACUGUAUGUAACAGAUGAGCAGGUAGUGAAGCCGGUGGUGAGCGUGUACCCAGCAGCAUCCAGAGUCCACCAGGAGGGGAGGAGCUCCCUGCUGUGUCUGGCCUCAGCCAUGUUUCCUCCUCUGGUCCAGUUCUCCUGGAAAAGACAGAAGGAGGACGGCUCUCUGGAGGAGCUGCUCCCUGCUGAGGGAGAUCAGCUGGAGAUCAGAGAGUCGGGACGCUCCGCUGCCAUCAGGGUGGUCGAUCGUGAUGCUUUCUACACACAGAAAUACAUCUGCUACGUCAAGCAUGAGGGGGGAACAGUGGAGGCCCAAACACAACAAGAGCUUCCAGCUCCAGCAGCCUCCUGUCCUCCAGAGAGAGAAACAGCAGACCUGCAAGCUGACUUGUCCUUCCAGUCUGAGUUGAGGGUGAAGCUGCUCUUGCUGCUGUCCACAGUGCUGAUAGUGAAGAGUCUGGUGUACUGCUGUGGACUCUCUCUGCUGAUGAUCCUCAGAAACAAGGGACCGUCCACCAACUGCACACAUGCUGACUGACUGUUUUCUGCUGGACUUUUCUCUCCAUCAAAUCUCAUCAAUUCAUCUCAUUCAUCACUUUGAUCAGGAUUCACAAAUGUUAGUUAUGAUGUGUUAGAAACUAAAUGAAGCUGAAUUAUUAGCUGCCUUGUAGAUAUUUCAGCAUUUAUCUUGUUUUUCUUUUUAAUCUCCUGUAUCUGCACAGUGUGGUAGGUUCUCCACAUUCAUUCACUCAGAUAAUCUCAAUAAAGUGUAAAACAGGU